AUGCAGACGACGACAGAGAGCUCAUCGGAAACCACUGAUCACUACGUGGACGCCCCAGAACCGAUAACCGACAGUUCAUCGAACGACUGGUCGACGGUCGUUUGGAAGCUUGAGUCGGCGCUGAACAUGCUGUUUUCAAACGUUAGCACAGUGACCAGUGUUCCAUUCGCCGAGAUACUAGAGUCUUCGAAUACGUGGCUUGAUUACGCGUCUUCGUUGGUUGAGCACGAAUGCAUCGAUGUCGAAGCGUUGCACAAAAAUCCUUCUCCUGUCAUUAAUCAAGUCAAAGAGAAACUGGAGUUCGUGAAACAGUAUCAGUCGCGCGUUGAUAUGCUUCAGAACAGGUUCGAAGAGUCUUUAAAGACAGUUACGUCUGAUGGCCACGUGGACCCUAAUUUCCAGAAGAAUUUCGACCUGUUCAUUGAAAAAUGGUCUGGUUUGGUCGAGAAAAUAACGGCAGCCGUCGAGAUGUUGAGCAAUUUCAUUGAAACGACGCCCACUCCUCAUUUAGAGGAGGCGCUCCGUUCUCUAAGCGAGUGGCUCAGCUGUGCCGAGGAUGUGAUAGCUACCCAGGACCUGGAUUCGAUCGACAAGCUGGACAACUUGCAAAACGAAAUGGGCAUUCAACACGAGAAUCUGAAUUUCAUUAUUUCUGCCGCCGACGAUUUCAUCGGCGAACACCCGGAGAAUUUUAUCCGGUUUUCAGAAGAGCUGGUGAAUAUUGUACCACGGUGGAACGAUAUCGAACAAGUCCUGAACAAUCAGCUAACAAGGUUGGAGAACGGGUUCGCGAAACUGCAGGACUGGAGCAUGUGCGCGGUGGAGUUAGAAAAAUGGAUGAAUCAAGUGACGCAGUUCAUUCAUUCAGAGAAGGCCGCCAUGGGAAACAUCGAAACUCUUAGGAAACAGUUGGAGCAGAGUCAGGGCUUGAUCAACGACACAGUAGUGCUGGAAGCGAAAAUGAAGCAAAUGGAAACGUGCUCGAAUGAACUGAAGUCGAUUUGCAAACCGAGCGUCAAGGAGUACGUCAGUAAUCGCAUGGAAGAAAUCGAUGCCCGAUGGGCAGACGUUCUGCGGCUUAUAAAAGCGAAGCAUAGUAGGUGAGC